CAUACAGGCACACAUCCAUACACACACAGACAUACACACACAGACAUACAUACGCGAUCACACCAUUCCUUACGUACGUCAUUGGCUAACGGCUGAAGAAGACGAAGAGAAAGAAGAAGAAGUAGACAAAGAAGAAGAAGAAGAAGUCUGCAUACCACCGGCAACUCGGCUGCGCGCCAUCUCCUCGCCUCCGCACCAUCUAUAACACCAAUGCAACACCGGCAUCCGCCAGGCUCACCGGUCACGACUCGCACAUCACCCUUCCCCCAACAGCAGCAGGAAACAUGGCGCCACAGCCCCAAGUAAUAGCCCCGACGGCGACGACGACAGCGACGACCACGGCGACGGCGACCGUAUACCUGCCGGCGAUAACGUCGUACGUGCGCGCGGUGACCUCGAACGAGCCGCUGCCGGUCUCGGCCACCGUGGGCGUGUCGGUCGUCGGCGGCAUGCUGCUCAUCCUGGCGCUCGCCGGCAUCGUCAUCUGUAUCAAGCAGAAGGCGAAGCGUCGACGCCACAAGGGGAAGCGCCGUGCAACCGAGAAUGCCAACGACGGCCCAGAGAAUAUGACCUUGAAGUUGAAGCCCGUGGCGGAUGAUUGAGUGGGCCGGGUGGCAGGGGGGCGGGCGGGCGGACGGAUGGACGGAUGGACGGAGUAGGGGACGAUGAAUACCCACGGAAGUUGCGACGAUGAACUACACGGCGACGAUAUCACGGCUACGGUACCCCUCCGAUUCGAUUAUGCGUCACGAAUUCAUGCGCAUGGACUAUUCGGUCCUUAUUU